AGCGCCAAAAUGUGCCGAGAAGAGUCUAAUGUGUGACGGGGCUGCCGGGGCCCGAGGCUCCUCCCACCGGGGCCGCAACGAGCCCUGCUGGAGGAGCCGCGCACGGGGCGGGGCCGAGACGCGGGGCGGCGGCCCCAUUGGCCGGCAGGGUCUGUGGGCGCGGCCUACGGGACGGGCGGGUGGGAUGGGGCGGCGGCCAUCACAGAUCCCCUGCCAGCGGCGCGGACGGGCGGCGGCAGUCAGUCGAGCGCGAGCGUGGUGCACGAUAAGUUGUGUGGCGACCUGCGAGCUGGGACCUCACGCGCCCGACGCUGUAGUGGCAACCAUGACUGUGGAAGUGUGCUCGAGGGUGGGCGUGCGGGUGUCCGCCGCCCCGGGGGCCAUCAAGGACGAGUCUCAGCCCGGGGGUGGCACGUCCCCCGCCCACGAGACCUCCGAGGCGCCCACACCCAGGCCCAAGUUCAUGAUAACGGACAUCCUCGCACAGCACAAGCCGCCCACCUCCACCCACAGCGAGGCCUCGGCGCCGCCCACGCCGAUCAUCGAGGAGCCCAAGGACCUCAGCCUCACUCGGACACACGCCGAGGACGACGACAUCGACCUCGAGGGUGACGGGAGUCACGACGAGGACGACCACACGGAGACAGAGCACGGUGAGGGGUGUUCCGACAGCUCCGGACCGCCGCCGUGCAAGAAGCAGCGCAAGGCCCGCACGGCCUUCACCGACCACCAGCUGCAGACGCUGGAGAAGAGCUUCGAGCGGCAAAAGUACCUGAGUGUGCAGGACCGCAUGGAGCUGGCGGCCAAGCUCAACCUGACCGACACACAGGUCAAGACCUGGUACCAGAACAGACGGACCAAGUGGAAGCGGCAGACGGCCGUGGGCCUGGAGCUGCUGGCCGAGGCAGGGAACUACGCGGCGGUGCAGCGCAUCUACAGCGCGCCCUACGGCUGGCCCUACCCGCCGCAAUCCUCCUCAGCCGCCGCCGCCGCUGCCGCGGCCGCUGCCCUCAGUCCCGCCGCCGCCUCCGUCGACCUGUACUACCGUCAGGCCGCCGCCGCCGCAGCUUUACAAAAACCCCUGGCCUACCGCCUCUACCCACCCGGCCUGCCCAUCCUGCCGCCCCUCCACUCUGACCCGCUGCGGGACGCGCUGCGGCCGGAGACCAUCCGACCAGAGGCGUUGCGGCCCGAGCUGCGCCACGACGCCCUCCGACACGAAAUGCUGCGGCAGGACACGCUGCGGCCCGAGGCGCUGCGGCCUGAGGUGCUGCGAUCCCUCGCUUCCUCCAUGGCCGGCACGUCGCCCCUGGCAGGCUCCUCCCUCACCGUCACGGCCUCCCUCCCCUCCUCGCCCCUCACCUCCCCACUCAACUCCUCCGCCUCCCCCUCCCCGCUGUCCUCCGCCGGGCCGCUGCCGCCAUACUAUCGCUCGGAAGCGGCGUCCCAAGUGUAAGCUUCUCGGUCCUUCCGCGUCCCUCCCACCACCGUCACCCAUCGUCAUCCCAUCGUAUCAUCAACUUGCGUCACUCAUCACCUCAUCCGCGUGUGUCACCCGUCACCCCCACCGUCGCCCGCCACCGCCGCCCCGGCCGCGGCCUGUAUAUAGCUGCGUGACCCCAGUGCUCAGUGUACAUAAAGAGAGUUACUGUGAAUGCGAUGUUGACCACUCUGGGCGCCUGGCCCUGCCACCCGUGACCUCUCCUCUGCCUGCCCGCCCUUCCCCUGUGACCCACCCGCCACUCCAGCGUCCCUCUCGGCUCAUGGACAACAAACCACAUCCUCUCAGCCCCCUCCGGCCCUCCGCGUGUGUUUGUGUGUGUGUGUGAAUGCGAAUGUUGACACCACACAGCCCACCACUUGCACCCACCUCUAGGCAAUACACAGGGUAGGAAACUAAUCUCUCUCUCUCUCUCUCUCUCUCUCUCUCUCUCUCUCUCUCUCUCUCUCUCUCUCUCUCUCUCUCUCUCUCUCUCUCUCUCUCUCUCUCU